AUGGCGCGCUUAAAGUCUCCGCUCGAGGGAUGGACGCGACAGCGCUCGAUGACGAAAUCUGUGAGCGGGGCGAUGCUGAGCGCGUUUUCGCGCGGCGCGUCGUCGACGUCGACGUCAACGGCGCGGCGCGCGCCCGAAACGCGAAUAUACUACAAGUGUGACGAUGAGCGGACGCUUUCGGUGCGCGUGGAGACGGUGAUCGAGCGAGACUUGCUCGUCCCGCUGCUGUCCGUGCUGAACGAAAGCGAGCUCUACAGCGAGUGGUUGCCGCGCUGGACGACACCCACGCGUCUGGGCGUGCGCUCGAGCGAAAAAGUGGCGCAAGUCGGACGCUGUUCGCAGUUGGUGGUGAUCACGUGCGACGCGCCGUGGCCGUUAGAGACGAGGCAGGUGGUUUUGGACGCGCGCGCGUUCGACGAUAUGGAGACGAGCGGCGAUAUUGGGGUAUUACUGCGGACGAGAGAUUGCGAAGAUGACGAUAGGGUCCCGCCAAAACCGACGGACGAGGAUGUGACGCGCAUCGAUGUCGAUGGCGCGUUCUUAUUUCGGCGCGUGCCCGAUGGAUGGGAUCGAGUCGAGGGCGAGGAAGCGUGCGACGUCGCGCGUGAUGAUAUUUUAACCACUUUUGGGUUCACGGUGGAUCCGAAAUUAGAGUACAUUCCCACGUGGUUGCUGAAUUUCAUCGUCCGAACGGUGAUAGGCACUUUGUGGGGUGCGUUCAUUCGCGUCGCCGAGGAGGUUAGAGACGGGAAGCGACCGAUACACGCCGACGUCAUCGCGCAAAAGCGCGCGGUGCUGUACGACUGGAUUGAAGAGCGCGUGGAGCGAAUGUUCAUAGAUAAGCUAGAGUAG